GAUCUCCGGUUUGUUGUGGAGACGCUGCGAAAGUACGAACGAGGGAAGCAUGGCGUCAAUUUCCACGGCUGCAUCCAAGGUGCAGGAGGUGCGCGACGUAACCAGGAUUGAGAGAAUCGGUGCCCACUCGCACAUCCGAGGUCUUGGCCUGGACGACACUUGCGACCCUAGAAAUGUAUCGCAAGGAAUGGUAGGUCAGCUCAAGGCUCGGAAGGCAGCCGGGGUUGUCACUGAGAUGAUCAAGGAGGGAAAGAUUGCCGGCCGAGCCAUUUUACUUGCCGGUCAGCCUGGCACGGGCAAGACGGCCAUCGCCAUGGGCAUUGCCCAGACCCUGGGCAAUGACACGCCGUUCACCAGCAUGAGCGGCUCGGAGAUUUACAGCUUGGAAAUGAGCAGAACCGAAGCUUUGACGCAGGCAAUUCGCAGAUCGAUUGGAGUUAGAAUCAAGGAAGAAACUGAAAUAGUAGAAGGAGAGGUUGUUGAAAUCCAAGUGGAGAGACCUGCGACGGGAGUUGGUUCCAAAUCGGGAAAGUUGACUCUGAAAACCACAGACAUGGAAACCAUCUAUGAUCUUGGCUCCAAGAUGAUAGAGUCUCUAAUGAAGGAAAAGGUUCGGUCUGGUGAUGUUAUCGUCAUCGAUAAGGCCACUGGCAAAAUCACAAAACUGGGACGCUCCUUCACUAGAGCCAGAGAUUAUGACGCUACCGGAGCUCAAACAAGAUUUGUGCAAUGCCCGGAGGGAGAGUUGCAGAAGAGGAAAGAAGUUGUCCACACUGUGUCUCUGCACGAAAUUGAUGUUAUCAAUAGCAGAGCCCAAGGUUUCCUUGCCCUUUUCUCAGGUGACACUGGCGAAAUCAAACCAGAGGUUCGUGACCAAAUCAACUGCAAAGUGGCAGAAUGGCGGGAGGAGGGAAAGGCUGAGGUUGUCCCUGGAGUUCUCUUCAUUGAUGAGGUUCACAUGUUAGACAUUGAGAGCUUCUCAUUCAUGAAUCGUGCUCUUGAGAACGACAUGGCGCCUGUGGUUAUCAUGGCCACAAACCGAGGCAUUACCAAAAUCAGAGGCACCAACUACAAGUCCCCCCACGGAAUUCCACUUGACCUGCUCGACCGUAGCGUCAUCAUUCCUACGAUUCCAUAUUCCGAGAAGGAACUGUCCGAGAUCAUCAAAAUCCGGUGCGAAGAGGAGGAUUGCGACAUGGUCGAUGAGGCGCUCAUUGUGCUGACCAAAAUUGCACUUGAGACCUCCCUCAGGUACUCCAUUCAGCUCAUCACCACCGCAAGUGUGGUCGCCAGAAGGAGGAAAGCAACUCAAGUUAUUGUCGAUGACAUCAAAAAAGUGUACAACUUGUUCCUUGACGAAAAACGCUCCCAGCAGUAUCUUAGAGAGUACCAACAGGAGUUCAUGUUCAACGAAUUAGAUGAGCCCAUAGACACGGACUAAUUUCUUUGAAACUACUUCAAUAUAAAUUUAUUACUUGAUGUAAUCGCCAUUGGAAAAAUACAAUUUAAACAUACCAAGAAA